CACCAUUAGGUCCAAAACAGACUGUUGGUACUAAAUAAACAACCCGCGAAAGUAAAUCUUCUGCAACCGAUGCUGAGGACUUACUGCUGACGACCCAACGAAGAAGACAAACGGAUUCGACCUGCCGCCACCCUAAGUAACUCUGAACGGGCGGCUCGAAAGUUGAUUUCAUCGGUCGUAUUUGAUUUCGCAGAAACGGGAUAUUCGUGUUUACCAGUCCCAACAUCUCGGAUCCAAGCUCACGCAUUGUUGAUAGGCAUUUCUUCUUAGAAUGAGCCAAUAUCGAAUGCAUGUUGGGAAUCGAAGCUACCGCGUACGUCAGAGAAAAUACAUUUUCUAACGCUGAUGUUUAGUCGUCAAGACGAGUAUGUUCUGUUGACCAUGUUGUGUCCGUUUUCUUUCUUGCUCAUAAUGCGAACUUCUACCUUCUGCAACAGGAUUACCCAAAAUUGCGAGAAUUGCACGAAAAACGACUAUUAUCAUCACUCAAUGUCUCCGCUACCCGCAGAUCCUCUCAUUUGAAGACUGCAGCCAAUGGCGACUAUUCCCGCCGAUUAUUCGAGAACAAUUUCAUCAGUAUUAAUAAUAAUACAGCGAGUCAUGGUCCUUUUCACCAUCAAAUGCAACAAUAUCGCACCUUUUUCAAUGUUGCCAACGUUCUUAACGACAAGGUGGAAACUGUCCAAUUGAAGAGUCUGGAGGCAACCGCAAACUCUAGACCGGCCGAUGCAAACGCACAAUUCGAGUUUUUGAAUCGACUCCUUCACAACAAUCAUCCCCAAGCCGUUGUGGAUCGUGUUAGCAACAAGAUGUUUCGAAACUUUGCUGUUGACUCUCGAAUCGCUACCUUGUACCUGCAAGCUCUGAUGCAAACAGGAAAGUACAACCAGUUCAACAUGGAUGAUCUUCUGUCGCGACUGCAGGAACGUGAUCCCAGUAUAUUGAACGACGAUAACAUCCAAGAAAUCAUUAACCAGAAUAGGCAAUUGACCAAGCAAGAACAAGUGAAUGCUAUGAUGAAUCUACUUGCGAGCGGUGGCGGUGCCAUUAUGGCAGGCUCGUCAAGGGUUGGAGGCAUGUUGGGCGGCCCGGGUGGGCUCUCAGGAGGUGCGGGGGCAGCCGCAUCUGGGCGAGGAUUGGAUCCGAAGAAUCCUCUUUUUGUUCAAUUACACAAUCCAACAUCCGCACGAUCUGCCCUAAUUUCUUUGACGGGACGGGUACUAAUUGCCUUUGUAGUCGUCAGUGCCAUUUCUGCUCUUCUCGAUGAGAAAGGCGUUGGACGGGGUCUGGGAAUGAACUCAGGCACCAAGCAUAUUCAGCAGGCGCAGGAUACUUCAGACGUGAGUUUCGACGAUGUUAAGGGAGUAGACGAAGCGCUGGCCGAGUUGAAAGAAAUCGUKAUGUAUUUGGAAAAUCCGACAAAAUUUACACGGUUGGGAGGAAAACUUCCUCGUGGACUGCUUUUGACGGGACCACCCGGAACUGGUAAGACCCUCCUUGCGAAGGCAAUUGCUGGUGAAGCCGGUGUGCCUUUCUUUUUCAGCAGCGGUAGUCAAUUUGAAGAGGUAUAUGUAGGACUUGGAGCAAAACGUGUCCGGGAACUUUUCGAGGCCGCCAAGAAAAAGUCUCCAUGUAUAAUAUUCAUUGACGAGAUUGAUGCUGUAGGUGGAUCGAGGAAACUGAAAGAUCAGUCGGCGCUGAAAAUGACUCUAAACGAGCUUUUGGUGCAGAUGGAUGGCUUCGAGGAUAACAAUGGAAUCAUUGUAAUCGGGGCCACAAACUUCAUGGAAUCACUUGAUCAAGCGCUUUUACGACCAGGACGUUUUGACAAACACAUAACUGUGUCCCUYCCUGAUGUUGGUGGGCGAAAAGAAAUUUUAGAAAUGUACGCCAAGAAAACAAAACUUUCGCCUGAUGUUGAUUUGAAUAUUUUAGCGAGAGGAACAACAGGAUUCAGCGGUGCCGAAUUGUACAAUCUCAUGAACCAAGCAGCCUUGAAGGCUUCCGUGGAUGGUUUGGCUAGCAUAACCAUGUCGGUGUUGGAAUAUGCAAAGGACAAAAUUCUGAUGGGUGCAGAGCGAAAGACAGCAGUAAUUACUGAGGAAACUGCGAAGUGCACAGCAUACCACGAGGCGGGACACGCGCUUGUUGCAGUGAUGACAGAUGGAGCCAUGCCAAGUAAGUUGAUCUUAUGUUUUACCUUAAUUUCAUCUCGUUUUCAGUGAACGGUGGAUCGAUCGAAUCUGCUUCUGACAUUCCUUUUCGCUUUCAAAUUUUAGUUCACAAGGCCACAAUUAUGCCUCGUGGCCAAUCAUUAGGAAUGGUUACMAUGUUACCAGAAGGAGACCAAACAUCACAAUCGCWAAAGGAAAUGAAAGCGAACAUGGAUGUCGCUAUGGGAGGUAGAGUUGCUGAGGAACUCAUAUUUGGGAAGGAAGAGAUCACRUCRGGAGCAUCGAGCGAUAUCGCUAAUGCGACGAAUGUUGCCCGAAAUAUGGUGACUAAGUUUGGGUUUAGUGAAGAAAUUGGUUUGGUUAGAUACGGCGGGUCAACUGGACAAGAACACGCGUCAGAGGAAACACGGAAMAAGAUCGAUACCGAGGUGAAAAGGUUGACCGACUCUUCUUACAAACGUGCCAAGGAACUGUURAUAAAAUAUCAAAAACAACAUCAUUUAUUGGCGAAGACUUUGCUCGAGUAUGAGACACUGACUGGUGACGAAGUAAGGGAUUUGGUGAAGAAAGGCAUAAAACCAAAACGGUCAAUAAUCAAUACUCAGGGAGGGGCGAGAGGAAACCGGGAAGUAUUGUCYACUGGGAGCAGCGGCAAAUCCAGAAUUCCUGGGCUCGGAAAAGAUAGCAGCUCUACUCGGUAACGACGGAAUAACACUUUACGCUUUGAGCGCAACUUUAGGACUAAGAACAAAUAACUCUGUGCAGUGAUUUAAAGUAACAUAUUUAAGUUGGAUAGCAUUAUCUUCGCUUUGUCUGCAAUCUCUUUCGGUUCAACAUCACCCAAAUUUACUUCAUCACCGCUCUUAAACUAUUACGCCAUUAAAUUGACAAAAUAAAAGGUCCCUUGUAGCACGAUCAUAGGACUGCCGAAUUUUCAGGAUUCCAAUCAAGACACGUACUUCAGUGUUACAAUAUUCUCGAUAGUUAAUCAUUCCUUGUCGAGUAUCGGCGACAAGAAUGGUAUCGCACCUAUGAUUCAGUUGCCCACACGUUAUGUAUUAAACUGUUUCAUCUUUGCUUUCGAUCUUGCAUGACUUCAGAUUCAACAAAUCGACAUGAUACCGUACAAUCAAAUUAGUCAGAAGGUCGGGAACCAUGACACCGCAAACAUACUCAACAGUAGGGUUUGAGUCCUUGCACGCGAUGCAGGUGCGUUUGAAUCCUAAUUUGA